AGAGAGAGGAGGGCGGACCUGCCUCGAAAAUGAAUCUUUCUGGGGAACAUGACACCAAAGCUAAGAGGGGUCAGUGCUCUAAAAUGAGUCUCUCUGGGGAGAGAGAGGAGGGGGGCCCUGCCUCUAAAAUGCAUCUCUCUGGGGGACAUGACACCAAAUCUAAGAGUCCAAUCAAGCAGGAGAGACCAGCCUCCCCUGUUCCCAGCUGUGUGUCCAUGAAGAGUGACCAGUCUAUGGAUCCUCCUCUAUACUUUAGAGAGGGAGACUUUUCUACUGAACAAAGAAACCAACAGGAGAGAUCAGAGUCAGAGAUUCUCAGUGGUCAGUCUUCCCAGAGUCAUCAAACAGACCUGGACUCCAUAUUCAGUUUGCUUGAAGAGAAAAUUAUGACAUUUGUGAAGAACGAGCUGAAGAUGUUCAAGAGGAUUCUUAGUCCAGAACUCCCAGAAGGCUUUGAGAGUCAGAAGCAGGAAGUGGUGGAUGCUGAAGAUGAGAAGCAGGAGAGCACUGCCAGAGAGGGGGCUCUGAAGAUCACACUGCACAUCCUGAGGAAAAUGAACCAGAAGGAGCUUGCUGACACACUGGAGAAAUAUUCAGAUGAGCUCGCUGUGAUUUGCCAACGUGAACUCAAAUCUAAUCUAAAGAAGAAGUUUCAAUGUGUAUUUGAGGGGAUCGCUAAACAAGGAAACCCAACACUUCUCAAUAAGAUCUACACAGAGCUCUACAUCACAGAGGGUGGAACAGGAGAGGUCAAUAAUGAACAUGAGCUGAGACAGAUUGAGACAACAACCAGAAAACAAGCAAGACCAGAGACUGCAAUAAAAUGUAACGACAUCUUCAAACCCUUAACUGGACAAGACAAACCUAUCAGAACUGUGAUGACAAAGGGAGUCGCUGGCAUUGGAAAAACAGUCUCUGUGCAGAAGUUCAUUCUGGACUGGGCUGAAGGAAAAGCAAAUCAGGAUGUCCAAUUUGUAUUUUCAUUCCCUUUCCGGGAGCUGAAUUUGAUGAAAGGGGACAAACACACUUUCAUUAAACUUCUCAAUCACUUCUCAAUGGAAACCAAACAAUCAGGAAUCUCCAACUACAACAAGUACAAAGUUCUGUUCAUCUUUGAUGGUCUGGAUGAGUGCCGACUGCCCCUAGACUUCCAGAAGAACAAGAUCUGUUGGGACGUCACAGAGUCAACCUCAAUAGAUGUUCUGCUGACAAAUCUCAUCAAGGGAAAUCUGCUACCCUCUGCUCUCCUCUGGAUAACUACCCGACCUGCAGCAGCCAAUAAGAUCCCUUCAGAGUGUGUUGACCAGGUGACAGAGGUACGAGGGUUCAAUGACCCACAGAAGGUGGAGUACUUCAGGAAGAGAUUCAGUGAUGAGGACCUGUCCAGCAGAAUCAUCUCACACAUAAAGACUUCAAGGAGCCUCCACAUCAUGUGCCACAUUCCAGUCUUCUGUUGGAUUUCUGCAACAGUCCUUGAACACAUGCUGAAACAUAAGAGAGAAGAGAUGCCCAAGACUCUGACUGAGAUGUACACACACCUUGUGGUGUUUCAUACCAAACAGAAUAAUGAAAAGUAUCUUGGGAAAGAAGAGACAGGUCCACAUUGGAAUAAAGAGAGCAUUCUGUCUCUGGGAAAACUGGCUUUUCAACAGCUUGUGAAGGGCAAUCUGAUUUUCUAUGAAGAAGACCUGAAAGAGGCUGGCAUUGAUGUCAAUGAAGCCUCAGUGUACUCAGGAUUGUGCACACAGCUCUUUAAAGAGGAAUGUGGGCUGUACCAGGACACGGUGUACUGCUUCGUACAUCUGAGCAUUCAGGAGUUUCUGGCUGCUGUAUAUGUGUUCCUCUCAUUCAUCAACAACAAUGAAAAUCUAAUGGACAAACUGCAAACAAAAGACAAACCUGAAGUUACUGUCUACAAGAGUGCUGUGGAUAAAGCCUUACAAAGUGAGACGGGAAACCUGGACCUUUUCCUCCGCUUCCUUCUGGGCCUCUCACUGGAGUCCAAUCAGAAGCACUUACGAGGUCUACUGACAAAGACAAGAAGCAGCUCACAGAGCCAUGAAGAAACAGUCGAGUACAUCAAGGAGAAGAUCAGGGAGAAUCCCUCUCCAGAGAGGAGCAUCAAUCUGUUCCACUGUCUGAAUGAACUGAAUGACCAUUCCCUAGUGGAGGAGAUCCAAAGAUACCUGAGCUCAGAAGGUCUCUCCGAAGAAGAACUGUCACCUGCACAGUGGUCAGCUCUGGUCUUUGUGUUGCUGACUUCAGAAAAGGAGCUGGAUGUGUUUGACCUGAAGAAAUACUCCAGAUCAGAGGAAGGUCUUCUGAGGCUGCUGCCAGUGGUCAAAGCCUCCAGAGCUGCUCUGCUGUCAGACUGUGGAGUCACAGAGGAAGGCUGUGCUUCUCUGGUCUCAGCUCUGAGGUCAAACCCCUCACACCUGAGAGAGCUGGAUCUGAGUAACAAUGACCUGAAGGAUUCAGGAGUGGAGCUGCUCUCUGCUGGACUGGGGAAUCCCCACUGUAAACUGGAGACUCUGAGGCUGUCAGGCUGUCUAGUCACAGAGGAAGGCUGUGCUUCUCUGGUCUCAGCACUGAGGUCAAACACCUCACACCUGAGAGAGCUGGACCUGAGUAACAAUGACCUGAAGGAUUCAGGAGUGAAGCUGCUCUCUGCUGGACUGGGGAAUCCCCACUGUAAACUGGAGACUCUGAGGCUGUCAGGCUGUCUAGUCACAGAGGAAGGCUGUGCUUCUCUGGUCUCAGCUCUGAGGUCAAACACCUCACACCUGAGAGAGCUGGAUCUGAGUAACAAUGACCUGAAGGAUUCAGGAGUGAAGCUGCUCUCUGCUGGACUGGGGAAUCCCCACUGUAAACUGGAGACUCUGAGGCUGUCAGGCUGUCUAGUCACAGAGGAAGGCUGUGCUUCUCUGGUCUCAGCACUGAGGUCAAACACCUCACACCUGAGAGAGCUGGACCUGAGUAACAAUGACCUGAAGGAUUCAGGAGUGAAGCUGCUCUCUGCUGGACUGGGGAAUCCCCACUGUAAACUGGAGACUCUGAGGCUGUCAGGCUGUCUAGUCACAGAGGAAGGCUGUGCUUCUCUGGUCUCAGCUCUGAGGUCAAACCCCUCACACCUGAGAGAGCUGGAUCUGAGCUACAAUCACCCAGGAGACUCAGGAGUCAGACUGCUCUCUGCUGGACUGGAGGAUCCACACUGCAGACUGGAGAAACUCAAGCUGUCAGGCUGUGGAGUCACAGAGGAAGGCUGUGCUUCUCUGGUCUCAGCUCUGGAGUCAAACCCCUCACACCUGAGAGAGCUGGAUCUGAGUAACAAUGACCUGAAGGAUUCAGGAGUGAAGCUGCUCUCUGUUGGACUGGGGAAUCCCCACUGUAAACUGGAGACUCUGAGGCUGUCAGGCUGUCUAGUCACAGAGGAAGGCUGUGCUUAUCUGGUCUCAGCUCUGAGGUCAAACCCCUCACACCUGAGAGAGCUGGACCUGAGCUACAAUCACCCAGGAGACUCAGGAGUCAGACUGCUCUCUGCUGGACUGGAGGAUCCACACUGCAGACUGGAGAAACUCAAGCUGUCAGGCUGUGGAGUCACAGAGGAAGGCUGUGCUUCUCUGGUCUCAGUUCUGGAGUCAAACCCCUCACACCUGAGAGAGCUGGACCUGAGUAACAAUGACCUGAAGGAUUCAGGAGUGAAGCUGCUCUCUGCUGGACUGGGGAAUCCCCACUGUAAACUGGAGACUCUGAGGUCAGUAUUAUCAGAUAUGAAAGCACUUUAUGUAUGUAGUUCUCCCAUUUGAAAAGUCGUAAUUAUU